UGUUCCUUACACUUUCCCAUGAUGCACUGCGCGACUGUAAUAGUUGGCAGUUAGGAAAGCGAUUUAAUUUACCAGAACUUUAUAAACAUAGUUGUUUACCUGUGCGCUGCAGACACCUGCCGUUUCACUUUCAGAGACUUUGAGCACGUGAGGGAGAGCUGGUUUCCGGAAGGUUACCGCGGUCACUACGGCAACGGCGAGUGACGUGACAGUCGCGGGAGAGUAAACGGUUGAAGGAGCGGACUGUUUGUCUGCAGACAUGGAGACACUCGACGAGCUCAGAGCUCCCACUGACUUCACCUCACCCGCUGUGUCAAGGACCGUCCAGGAGGACCUGGUGCCCCCGUCACAUUUUGCAUCGAGUAUCCAGUCUGCUGGAGCCCCCAGAGGCGUUAAGGUCACAGGGACAACCCCACCCAUCUCCUGGUUAAAGCCAGGCGUGACAUCAGCACCAUCAGGGGAUCCCCAUCCUGCCAACCCAUGGCUCGCCAUCACCCAGGCCCAACAGGAAAUCUUGGAACUGAGGAAGGAAAAUCGACGGAUUAUGAUGUUACAAGAAAAUAGCAUAAAAGGAAGGAUCCCUGCAGAUCAUCCAACAGAUCUCAGGGCGAGAUCUGCAGAGAGAAGUGAGCAUUGGUCCAGAUGGGACUCCGAGUGGCGUCUGGAGGCAGAAAAGCACAAGGCCGAAGCUGAGAGAUUGAAGGGCCAGGUGGACACCCUGAAGGAGUGUGUAGGGAGACACAGAGAGGAGAACAGAGACAGCACGCUAAACAGACAGAACCUUGAGCUGGAAGCGAUGCGUGAAGAGCUAUGUAAGACGAAGACUGAACUGAGCAAAAUCAGAGAUGAGCUCACUCACAGCAGUGUGCAGAAGGAGAAAAUAAGCUCACAGCUUGAAAGACUAAAAAGCGAGUCUGGCGAGGAAAUCGCAAGGCUGAGGAAAGAAGUAGACUGGAGGAAAGAGGAAACCCGGGAGCUCGCUCUGAAGGCUGAAAUGGGCAGAUCACAGGCUGAGGAGGAAGUCAAACAGCAGACGCUGAGACUUUCAGAACAUUUGGAGCAACUUCAGAGGAAGCAAGAGGUGGAGCUGCAACAGUUGAAUGCAUCCCACUCAGCAGAGUUGGUUGCAGCAAAGCAAACAAACAGCGAACUACAGGACCGACUUGAAUCAAUGGCCUCAGAAGUGCUGCGGCUGAAGAGCACUCAGAUGGAGGUGUCUACCGAGAGAGAUGAGCUGAAAGAGCACAUAAGCCAAAUGGGACAAGCUCUUGAAACACAAUCUGCAACACUGCACAGCCUCAGAAAUUACAUAGGCCAGCUUGCCCCAGAGCAACGAGAGAAGGAACAAUUAAACGAAGUGGUUGAGAGGCUGAACAAAGAGAAGGCUACUCUUAAGAUGACCGCUGAGCUUUUGACAAUCAGACUUAACUCUGUGAAUGAGAUACUCACCCUUCAAGAAGAGAAAAUGGGGAAGGAGACCUUGACAGGCCCACAUGUCAAGAAUGGAUCCGAAGGCCUUCAAGUGAUUCAACUCUGGAGAGAAAAGGUGUUCAAGUUAUGUGUUCAGCUUCGCUCAAAGGACAUUGAAUUAAGAGGAGAAAAGGAGGAACUCCUUUCAAAACUCAGAUCUUUGGAGCUGCACCUCCAGCAGGAGCAGCACCGGACUAGUGUCCUCCAGCACAGUCUAGAUGACAGGAUAGCUGAGCUGGACCUGGAGAGAGUGGAAAAGGAGACAUUGAAACAUGACUUGGCCCAGGCUCACAAGGAAAAUUCUCAGCUGAAGUCUCAGAGCCAGAAAUCAGCGGCUGAACUUAAAAUCCUGACAGAGGCCGUGCAAAGAUUCCGGGUGGCAUUUGAAAGUAAGGUGGCAGAAGUUGACGCAGCUCAAGGAAGGCUUAGCACUUUCACCCAGAGGCUAGUUUUCGCUAAAAGACGAGUGGAGACAAUCCAAGGUUUGAUCAUGAGGAGAGUGGCUCUGCAGAAAAUUCAGCAGGCCAGUAAACAGGUAGAACAGGACGCUGACAGCCUGACAAACCUCCAGACAGAGCUCGGUUUGGUGUGUGAAGAGAGAGACAAGCUCACACAGGAGCUCAAAAGAACCCCGGAGCUCAUCGAGAAAGCCUUGGCCGAUCUGAAAGAACAGUAUGAAAGCAGACGGAGGCAGCAGCAACAGGAGCUGGAGCAGAGCUGGACAGAGGUCCGGCAAGCUGUGGCUGGGAGAGAGGAGGCAGAGCGGAGCCUGCAGGACAUGCAGGCUCAGCUGGAGGAGUGCAAGGGCAGUCUGGAGAAACUCCGCUCUGAGCUGCUCACCCAGCAGGAGCACAGCGAGCAGGUCCUGCAGGAGAGGGUGUCUGAGAUUGAGCACCGCUGUGCUGAGAAGCUGAGAGAGAUGGAGGUUCAAGUCAAUACGGCCAGGAGAGAGCACACCAAAGCAGUUAUGACAUUGCGGCAGUUUCAGAGAGAGAAAGCAAGGAAGCAGGAUGAGAAGAGAGAAACUCAGUAUUUAGGGGGUGUACACACAAAGAGGGAAGUUCAGAAAACACAACCAAAGGAGAUGGAAAAGGACAAAAGUCUAUUGAUGGCCACUGUUGCAGAGCGAGGGCUGGCGAGUGAGUACACAAGAGUUCCUGCAGCAGCUUCACAAAUCUCUGCUGCUCCCAGAGAACAACAACCAGAACCUUCAGAGAGGGGUAGCUCUGUGCGGGCAAAGGUCCAACUGCCUGCUGAGGAGAGACUCCUGUCUGUUUUGGAGGAGCUCCGCACUCUCAGUGCUGCAGUGGUACACAGCUCUGAGGACUCUGAGGAGGAGGGAGAGAAAAACAGCGUGGGUCCAUCCACAGACAGCUUGCACAGCUGAUACCUGAGGAUGAGUCACUGGAGGCAGUUAAAACACCUUCAUUUGUACAAAAGGUGGGCAGUGUUAAAGAUGUAGUAGCCAAUUACAGUCAGUGGAAACACAUAGUUUGAGCCAAACAUCAGAAAAGCACGCAUGUCACAUUUGCCGGUGGGUGUACAAGAAUAAUAAUUGGUAUUUAAUGCACAUGACACGGUGUGCAUAAAUAUCAGUUAUCUACAGGAUAAUGUUUAUACACAGAUUCUGCAUGUGAAUAUGCAGAAUAGCACUUAAUGGAGAAUAGCCAAAGUCGCAUCUGGACCUAAAACGCCUGCACGGUUUGGAGUGCAAACAUUUUACGGCCAAAAGAAGAUGGAGUCUUGGUCUGGUUACUCACUGUCUACACCAUAAGUUCCAAAAUAUUGGUUGUUGCCCCAAUAUUUUGUUAAUGUAAAAUAGCUGCACAGAUAGUGAUGACUUAUAAAUAAAUGCAAACAUGUGACUAGAUGGAAGCCUGCGAGAUAAAAAUACAACUGUACAACUAGUACUUUCCCUCCUAAUGUGAAUAGAGUAUCUAUCAGUAGUCUGUACUGUUCAGUUCAUGUGAUGGUCUAAGUAUUUCUUUGCUAUGCUGAGGCUGGUGUUUUACUUUUCAAUGCAACCUAAGUAAUAAAGUAUGUUUUUAUAGUUAAUUACAUGGUCUUCAACAAUAUGGUCUGGGGGGAGAUGGUGAUGAAGAAAUUCAUGAUUUGAUAAAAACGGAACUUCAAGUAUUGAUGUCAGAUCCUAAAGAAGAAGAGCAACGAACACAUCUGAUGUCUGGGUUUUACAUUAAGUAAUCAAUCAUUUGAAAAAAUACACGGGAGUCUCUCAGGUCUGUCAAAUCAAAGUUAA